AUGAAUAUUUUCAAACCUGUGUAUCUCAUUUUUCUUCUUCUUUUUCUGACAGUUGUUGAGGUUGCAGGCCGACCGACGCCAUACAGCUCUGCAGAACCGGUUUCAGAUGGGAUCAAUGGUGCUGAUGAUCAUGAAGUCACACACCAAGCUUCUUAUUUACUUAAUGUUAAAGGAUUGGAUUCUGAUGAGAAUCAGGAAUGUGAGCAAAUGUAUGGUUUCUUGCCGUGUUCGAAUAAUAUUUUCGGGCAUCUUUUUCUGAUAUUGGUGUAUGAAUAUCUACUGUUUCAUGGAGAAUCAUAUUUGGCUGCCGGAGGGGAGCAAAUUUUUAAGAUUCUUGGCCCUGGUGUGUUUGGUGCAAGCGCAUUUCAUGUCAUCGGUGCCCUUCCCGAGGCCUUGUUACUUCUUGCGUCUGAACUCUUCAACAGUAAAGAGGUAGCUGAAGAAUAUGUUUACACUGGAGUUGGGCUGUUGGCUGGAUCUUCAAUUUUGCAGCUCACUGUAAUUUGGGGAACUUGUGUAUUACUUGGCAGUCAAGUCCUUCACAGUGGUAAUUCAGAGACUAAUUAUACCCCUCUCUCUAAUGGAACAACUUCUGAAAAUUUUUCUUUUGACAGACUCUCGUCAAAAUUCACUGGUUCUGGUAUAACUACUGAUAUGGAGACCAGCUACAUUGCGAGGAUUAUGUUUUCCUCGGUGACACCAUUUCUGAUCAUUCAACUCCUGAAAGUCGUCUCAUCAUCUUCUGGGCAACAAGCAGUGAUGUUGAUUGCUCUUUCUGUUACUAUUGUGUUCUUAUUCUUGUACUUCUUCUAUCAGAUUUUCCAGCCCUGGAUUCAACAAAGAAGAUUGGAGUAUGUGAAACAUGAGCAUUUAGUUUUAAGAAUUUUAAGACAUGUGCAAAAGCAGGCAUUAGGACAAAUCCUCACCGAUGAUGGCGCUCCGAACGUAGCUGCUAUACGAAGGCUGUUUGAAGAAAUAGAUCAUGAUGGAGAUGAUAUCAUAUCACCUUCAGAGCUAAGGGAGGUUCUUCUUGAAGUCAAGUUUAAAGGAAUGCAUAUCGACAAGGAGAAAGCAGUGGCACAAGUAAUCAAAGAAUUUGACGUUGAUGGAAAUCAAAAAAUAACCAAAGAUGAGUUUGUAAAUGGAUUUACAAGAUGGCUUGAUGAGGCAAAGAAUGCAAUGGAUAAGAAUUAUUAUUCCCAGAAAUCCUUAAGAGACAUAUACAAAGUUUUCCAGCCCUGGAUUCAAAACAAAAGGAAAGAACGGGAAAUGAAGAAAAAUCUGAUAUCAGAAUUGUUACAACAUGUUGAAAACAAUGCAAUAGAAAGUCUACUUACAGAAGAUGGCACGCCUGAUGAAUCUACAAUUACAAGGUUGUUUGAAAAAAUUGAUCAUGACGGAAAAAACUUCAUUUCUCAACACGAAUUGAAAGAACUAAUAGUCAAUAUCAAGUUUGGUGAAGCUCCUUUAAAUGUGGAUGAAGCUGUAGCCAAAGUUAUUGAAGAACUUGACACAAGUAGGGACGGCGUGAUACAUGAGGAGGAAUUCGUCUCAGGAAUCGCAAAAUUGUUCAAAGCUACCACCUCUCUUAAUGAAGCUCCUUCAAAACCUGAGACUGAAGAUGAUAUCUACCAAAAAACUUGGGAAGAAACAGACAAGCUGGUGGAUAAUGAAAAGAAAAAUGGAGAAGUUGAAGAGAAGUCAAUAUGGGCAUGGUUUAAAGCUAUAAUGUACAUGGUGAUUGGAAUUGUUAUGUUAUCAGUUCUGGCAGAGCCUCUAAUUUACAGUGUUGAAAAUUUCUCCAAUUCUGCAAACAUUCCAUCCUUCUUCAUCUCCUUCAUUUUAGUCCCAAUAGCCACCAAUUGUAGAGCAGCAACUUCUGCAAUCUCCGCCGCAUAUCGCAAGAAACCAAGGACUACUUCCUUGGCAUUCUCCGAGAUUUAUGGCGGGGUGUUCAUGAACAAUGUGCUCGGAUUCACCGUUCUGUUAUCGCUAAUUUAUUUCCGAGGAAUCACCUGGGAAUUUUCUGCUGAAUUACUGGUUGUAGUAAUCGUUUGUACUGUGAUGGGUGUCAUUGCGAGCUUUCGCUCCACCUUCCCUUUGUGGAUAUCAGUCAUGGCGAUUCUGCUAUACCCUUUAUCUCUGUUCCUUGUUUAUCUUUUCAAUGAUGUUCUGAAUUAUGAUUAACAGAAAAUGAGCAAGCUUGGAGAAUGCAGUUCGAGAAUUUUGUUGCAGGUUUUUUUGCUUUGCUUAUUGUAUUUAUUUGGCCAACUUGUACAGGAUGGGCGGAGUCAUGUUAAGGCCUGAGGUGGCCAUGGCCACCCAAGCUUUUGAAAAAAUUUUAAGUUUUUUGUAGAUGA